UUUCUGCCUCCCAUUUAGUGUUGCGACCUCCAACCACUCUUCUUUUUGCUCUCCUCGCACCAUCAAACUUAAUUACAGUGUCCUACUUCUACUUUCUCAUCCUAGUCUACAAAUUUUAUAUAUAAACAACUGAUUGAAUAUAUCUAUAAGAUUAUAUAUCAAUGGAAUUCCAAGAACUUUUCACAGUGGUAGCAACCACUAUAGGCUUCAUCUCUCUUUGCAAAACCUCCAUCAAUUUUCUCAGAUGGGUUUGGGUCAUGUUUCUGAGACCCCCAAAGAAUCUCAAGGAGUAUGGAUCAUGGGCUCUCAUCACUGGCGCAGCUGAUGGAAUUGGCAGAGCCCUUGCCUUUGAAAUGGCUGCAAAGGGUCUUAACCUAGUGCUGCUUGAUCGAAACGUUUCAAAGCUCGAAGCUACCGCCAACGAAAUACAUGAAAGAUUUGGUGCACGAGUUGAGAUCAAGAAAAUUGUCAUGGACUUGGCCAAGCUCACUGGGGAGGAGAUAGCUAAAGCCAUAGAGGAGGAAAUAAAAGGGCUUGAUGUUGGUGUUUUGGUUAACAAUGCAGGAGUGGCUUACUCUUAUGGAAAAUUUUUUCAUGAGGUUGAUGAUUUGGAGCUGAUGGAUAGCAUUAAGGUGAACAUGGAGGCUGCCACGUGGAUUACUUGGGUAGUGCUUCCAAGUAUGCUCAAGAAGAAGAAGGGAGCUAUUGUCAAUAUUGGCUCUGGCUCUGGUUCCUCUGCCAUCCCUUCUUUUCCUCUCUACACUAAUUAUGCUGCUUCCAAAGCGUACCUUUCAAUGUUCUCAAGAAGCAUUAGUUUGGAAUACAAGCAGCAUGGAAUUGACAUUCAGUGCCAGAUUCCUAUGUUCGUGUCGACAAGGUUGUCCAGGACCAAGGCAUAUCCCUUGUUCGUCCCAACGCCAGAGACGUAUAGCAAAGCAAGCAUGCGAUGGAUUGGUUAUGAGCAUCAAUGUUCGCCCUACUGGGGCCAUUCUGUGCAGUGCCUUGUAACACAUCCAUUGCCGGACUUCGUAUUGAGUGCAUUCAUUUUUUGGUACUCUCUUAGGAUCAGAAAGAGAGGCCAAUUGAAAAACUUGCACAAGAAAAAUAUGGCACCAUGAAAAUUCCUGUUGUAUGGGUAAUAUGUCAA